CCUCGGCCACGUUGCAGCCAUGACAUCCCCUUACGACCCCAGCUACAAGCACAAGUACGUCAACCUCAAGAACGGUGUCCGCCUCCACUACGUCGACGUGGGUCCCCGGGAUGGCAUUCCAAUGCUCCUGCUGCACGGCUGGCCCGAUCUCUGGUGGGGCUGGCGGCAUCAAAUCCAGCACUUCCGAGCCAAGUACCGCCUCAUUGUGCCGGACCAGCCCGGCUUUGGCGCCACGACAUCGCCCGACGACUUCACCAAGUACACGCGCAAGACCGUCGCUGCAGGCUACGCCGACCUUCUCGAUAUCCUUGAGAUUGAAAAGGCGAUCGUGAUCGGCCACGAUUGGGGUGGCAUGACAGCGUGGUGCAUGGCGCUCUUCGAGCCAUCGCGCGUGCUAGCUGUGGGCUCGAUCUGCACGCCGUUCUGGGACGUCGUGCCCCAAGGAUUGACCCUCGAGGACUUUGUCGCGAUCUUUCCGUCGCUGACGUACCAGCUGUACCUGGUGCAGGACGGCACGGCUGCGGCGUUCGAGGCGAAUCCGCACAAGUUCUUCCAGCUCGUGUACGGCUGCAAGCAGUUGCGUCGCCCGGCGUCGGCCACAAACGUGCGCAGCGCGAUGGAGGCGCUCGCCGAGUUUGAGUUUGAUCCGGAGACGCCGCGCACCAACUUUUCAAAGACCGACUUGCAGUUUAUGGUCGACGAGUACAUGCGCCAAGGCUUUCAGCACGGCUUGAACUGGUACAAGACGUGCGAGCUCGACAACCAAGACAAGAUGCACGUCGACGUGGUCGUGCCACACGAAGCACUCUUUGUGAGCGCGGGCCGCGACCAAGCACUCUUGCCGUCCAUGAGCAAGGGCAUGGAAACGCUCGUCCCCAACCUCGUGCGCGGCCACGUCGAAGAGGCGUCGCACUGGAUUCUGUGGGAAACCCCCGAGAAGGUCAACGCCAUCAUCGAAUCGUGGCUCGACACCGUCACGGCGAAGCUGAAGCUCGUUUAAUGCAAUACGACGGCGUCAUGGUGUUUCUUGUAUCAUCUUUUGUUGCCGAUGCAGCGC